AACACAGAUGCGUGGAAUCCGCGAAGAUCCGAGCGAAAUAUCCUGACCGCGUUCCGGUGAUUGUGGAAAAAGUCUCAGGCUCUCAAAUUGUUGACAUUGACAAACGGAAGUACUUAGUUCCAUCUGACAUCACUGUGGCUCAGUUCAUGUGGAUCAUCAGGAAAAGGAUCCAGCUUCCUUCUGAAAAGGCAAUCUUCCUGUUUGUGGAUAAGACAGUUCCACAGUCCAGCCUAACUAUGGGACAGCUUUACGAGAAGGAAAAAGAUGAAGAUGGAUUCUUGUACGUGGCCUACAGCGGAGAGAACACUUUUGGCUUCUGAGGGCCAGUGCUGGGCUAGGUGCACCGUUCCUGCUUGUGUAUCUUGUAAAUAGCCGGCUGUUUUCAGUUACUAUAUCAGAACCUCUUCACAUAGACCUCUUAGUGCAUUUGUAACUGGAUUUAUUUCUUAAUAUAUUGAAAGGUUUUGUUUCCUUAGACUAGUAAAUUAUCAUACAGAGUUUUAUUUUGAGUUUUUCUUUUGUGCACUGUCCUCAUGCUGUACUCUCCAGGGAACUUAUUCCUCUGGGAUCAUAUUUAAUGAAGAUAUUUCCAUAUUGAAGUGAGGUAGGUGCGGUAUUAAAAUGAAUGGGAAGGAGACGAUGCAUUUAUUCUGAAUUAUGUUUGAAGUGUUAGAUGGCUAAGUAUUAAAAGCAUCCAAAUUAAGUCCUUAGCAAUCAGAACACUUGCUUCACUAGAUUUUGCCAACCGCCAAUCAUGUUGGACUGAGCUAAUCUGUUCCUCUUUCUGAAAUUAUUAAGGUAAAUAAUUAACAAUAAAACUUCCUCUUAUAAAGGCA